CAAAGAGCAAGAUGCUAGUAAUCAGAUGAAUCGAUAAUUUUUGAUUUUGUACAGAUACAUAGGAGAAAGACUAAAUACUUCAGGUUACUGGAAAAGAAUGGGUGGAUCUGAUCACGUGAUCUAUCUAGCUCCAUUACCAGCCCCACCCAAUAAUAGGCUGCAAAUCAAAGCAGAGGGAGGAAUGGCCUACCAGAAAGAACUAGAGAAGAAUAUUAGAGUACAAGAGUUCCGUCAAGAUGCCAACUACCUAUUGGACAAGUCGGAAAAGGAGUACAUUCAGUAUGCCUUGAAAGAAUACACGAGCUAUCGCAAUGUCUCAAUUUUAAUGAAAGCUCUUCUCUCCUGCCUUGACACGCCUGAGAAACUGGACCUUUUAAUGACCAUCAGAGAUCUAAUUCCUAAGAGUGACCAUAAAGAAUACGACUCCAUUGCUCCUUAUAAGAAGAUGGCACAUCCAAUGUUUCACCACAAGAGCUCAAGAAGAAGACAAACAAAAGAAGUGUUGAUAGAGAGAUUUAGAAGGAGACCACUGGGUUUCAGUAUUAGAGGCGGGAAGGAGAUGGGGCUGGGGAUUUUCAUAUCUCACGUUGAGAUAGGAUCAGCGGCAGAAGCAGCUGGUAUUCAAAUUGGAGAUCAAAUCAGCGAAGUUAAUGGGAUCAAUUUUGAAUGGAUAUCACAUGAAUCAGCUGUUACAGUUAUCAAGGCAUUCGACAAGUUCAGAAUCAUUCUGUGGAGUAUGGGCAGGCUACCCCAGUUUGAUAGUCCUACAUCUGAGGCAUUCACAUGGGUGGACCCACAAGGAAGGCCAGUCAAAGAGAACGGGAUUGUUGAUAAUGAUGAUGUGGAGCAGUUUGAUGAUCACUUGCUCUCGUCUGCUGACAAGAGAAAGGUGGUAGUUAGGAAAGAGCAUGGACGACCUUUUGGUCUCAAAAUAAGAGGAGGACAAGAAUUCAAGCUUGGGAUAUUUGUUGUGGAGGUUGAUCCUGGAUCAGUUUGUGAAGAACAUGGCCUGCAGGUUGGUGAUCAGAUACUGACUGUUAACAAUACUAGUUUCCGGAAUAUUCUUCAUAAUGAGGCUGCCUCAAUAUUGAAGAACAACCAACUACUGAUCAUGACCGUCAAAUCGGUUGGACGAAUCCCUAAACUUGUAUCUAAGAAGGACAGGGAGUCUAAGGAGAAUAUUAGAAGGGUUGACGGUUACAAUAGUCUUCCACGUACUAAACUUCACAAAACUGAUGGUUCUCCGUCAGACUUUAAAGACAGACUCACAGAAUCACCUAAAUUUGUUAGAAGAGCAAGAUCAUCUUCAAAUGCAGGUGACUAUGGCAGAUCACCCAUCUCUCCUUUGGCAACUUCAACUCCAGCAACAUCAGAAAACUCACACCAGCCUCUUCACCAUCAAACAAGUGAAUCUGAGAUAUCACCAGAUGAUCCUAAUUCAGGCCCAAAGUUUGAGUAUGGGGUAGGUACUCAAGUUAUGUUAGCGUCUACAGUAUUCAGUCCAGUUAGUGAGCAGCUGCUGGAUUCAGCUCGUAAAUUAUUAAAUGAAGAUGAAGUUGCUGCAUUAAAGAGGAAACUAAGUGAUUAUGAGGAAGGUGGUAAAUUAAAGAAUCUAGUUCAAUUUCUUGUGGUAAUACUUGAUACUCCUGCUAAACUGGAGCUACUCAAUGACGUCAGGCCGCUAUUGAAACCUCAAGAUAUAGCAAAGUUUGAUAAGCUUGUGUCUCCACAUGAAGCAGCUGCCAUGAAUAAGAAGAAGCGUAGCGGCAAGGAAGAUGAAGAAGACAUAUUGAUGCCAAUUUCCAUACAACCUAGCACUCACCCACCUACUCCCUCUACUCAGACAAAUGUUGCUCCUAGCCCUUCUCCUCCUCCUCCUCCUCCCCCUUCUUCUCGUCAAGUCAUUACAGUUGAAGUUGAGCCAGAGCCUGAGCCAGAACCUCUCCCUCUAUCUCCUCCUUCCCCUCCUCCUCCUCCUCCAGUAACUGACGUACCUCCUUCAACUGACGAGGCUAAGACUCAACCUUACCAAUCUGUUAUAAGCGACUUAAAAAAUCAUAAUGGAGUAUCAGGCCUAAAGAAGAUUGAAACUAUAAAGGAAGAUGGAGAGCUUGAGGUUGAAGGUGCUUUUGGUAAUCCAGCUGCUAAAGAAGUACUGAAUAAAGCAAAGGAAUUGCAAAGGGACUCAGUUUUACAGUCAAGAGAAUCAUUUUUGGCAUGGAAUGAGAACUAUCCAGCAGCCGCUGCUACUAAUAGAGUCAAAGAAGAUGAAGAGGCAAAGAAACAAGAAGACAAUAAAGAGGUUAAAAAGCUGCCACCUGCACCUGCUCCUCCUGAUCCUGAUCCUCUCUCCGGAAAUAUUGAGAGUCCAGGGAAACCAAUCCUCAUUGAUAUACAGAAAACUGCUUUCUUUUUAGGCUUGGAAGUAAAAAAAGACAAGUCUGGUAAUAUUGUUAUCUCUGAAGUGGUAGAAGAUGGAGCUGCCUUUAAUGAUGGAUUCUUACAACCUGGUUUUAUAAUAAUCAAAGUUGAUGGUGAUGAUUUGCGUGGAGUUCCGUGUGAAGAUGCAGAUAAUCUUUUGAAUGAGAAUUAUGACAGUGACAGGCCAACCAUUGAACUAGUUGUGUCAGCACCUCAAUCUUAAUUACAUUACAUUAUCCACACACACGAGAUUAUAUUUAUUAUUAUUAGAUUUUAAAAGUAGACAUGAUGUGACAUGUGAAAAUCUGAA